CACAAAACCCUUAUUUCUGGCUCUCUCUCUCUCUCUCUCUCUCGCACUCUCUCUCUUUCUCUCUCUAAUGAGGAUCAGGAGUAGAGCAAAAGCGGCUACCCCUUUCUCUCUCUUCAAUCUUUCAGCUGUCAUUGCUUCAAAGAAGCUCCUCUUUAAUGGCGCUGGAGCUGAGACUCGCAUCUGCAAGCUCAACAGAUCCCCUUGGGAUAUCCCCGAGGCAAUGGAUGCUAUGGAAACGAUAACCGGAGAGGGGAGAAUGGGAUUCGACGCUUCUUCUCUUUUCAGGCCUUGUUCAUUUUCAGCAGUCCAAAUAUGCAAAGAGGAGAGAUGUAAUAUUACCAAUCCCAAAGUAAAAAAUACAGAAGAAGAAGUAGAGGAAGAAGAAGAGAGAGAUAUUUUUGGUGCGACAACGGACUGCCAUGAGAAGCUGAUAGCGAAGGAGGAAGAAGGUGGAAGAAGUAAUAUAAAAAGAAUAUCAGGGGCAAUCCCGUCAUUGCAGCCAAAAGAUCCUCUCCCAUCGAUCUCGGACAACAAAACCCUCACCUCACUCCCAAACCCUAAUAAAUCCUCGCAAUCGAACUGCAAAAUAAUAGCAGGAGGCAAGCGAUCUCCUCCUAAAACCAGGGCAAAAAAGGAGAAGAAACAAGCUAAGACCAAAGAGAAGAAGAAUAACGCAGAGAAGGAAGAGGAGAAGCAGAGCAACAAUGACAGUGGCCGAACGGACGGAGAGGUAUCGCAGUGUCACAAGGCGUCAAGGAAUGGCCAAAGCCCCCAUGACUGCGACUGCGUUUCAUCGCAGAAGUCUCAUUGCUCUUCAUUUGAUCGACCUCAAAGGUCAGCCAUGGGGCUGAGACAGAGGAGGCCCUAUGAUGAGGGCUAUUACUAUUAUUAUUCAGGGUUUGCCCCUUCGUGCAAGAGAAAGCGCGAUAGAGAAAUGGAGAAGCGAUUAGAGCCCUCUGCAACUCCUCCUGUCGUCGAUAAACCACGGGAAGAUAAAGAAGAAGAUGUAGUAGAAGAAGAAGAGUUGGAAAUGGUGAUGCAGGUGAAGAAGAAGAUAAAGAGUGGGAGGAAGCCUAUGAAAGCUCGAUCCCUAAACUCUUUGCUCUGAUUCCAUGUCAUCUAUAGAAAAGAAAGUGCGUUCAUAAGGGUCAGCGAUAAGCUCUGAAUGGUUCGGGCCAGGGAGUUGUGGAAAGCAAUGCGGUUCCUCUUUGUCGGGGAGUUCGGGCCAGGGAGUUGUGGAGAGCAAUGCGGUUCCUCUUGCUGCAAUCUGCCAGUCAGGGAGUUGUGGAGAGCAAUGCGGUUCCUCUCUAUGCACUCCGCCAUGGCAGGGUUUAAGUUGAGGAGAAUUAGGGUUCGGCCAUGAAAGGCUUUAAGUUGCAGAGAUUUAGGGUUUCUAUCUUGGACUCCAAGAGGGGUAUUUUGGUCACUUUCUGCCGUAUUUUUGCUGUUCGAAAGAUUACGAUUAAUCAUGUAAAAAUCCAGCUGGACUAAACAAGUGAUUUGGCCGAC